CUACAGGUUUCUGUGUUGGUUAUGUGCCACACACGUGAACUGGCCUUCCAGAUCAGUAAAGAGUAUGAGCGCUUCUCCAAGUACAUGUCCAACGUUAAGUGUGCGGUCUUCUUCGGUGGGUUGUCCAUAAAGAAGGAUGAGGAAGUGCUGAAAAAGAACUGCCCGCACAUUGGGGUGGGAACACCAGGGAGGAUCCUUGCCCUCAUUCGCAACAAGACCUUGAACCUCAAAAAUGUCAAACACUUUGUGUUGGAUGAAUGUGACAAGAUGCUGGAGCAGCUGGAUAUGAGACGGGAUGUCCAGGAUAUCUUCAGACUGACCCCUCAUAAGAAGCAGUGCAUGAUGUUCAGCGCCACGUUAAGCAAAGAGAUCAGACCGGUCUGCCGCAAAUUCAUGCAAGAUCCGAUGGAAGUGUUUGUUGAUGACGAGACUAAGCUUACCCUG